UGUGUGUGUGUGUGUUGCAUAAUGAGAGGGACAGUAGCUCUGCUACAAGUUUCCUGAAAACGGGCUCCUGUCUGUGCAGCCUGUUUUCUAAACUCUUGCAGCAGUUUCAGUGAAGGGUUCACGAUGAUACCGCUGUUGUUUAGCAGCGUUUUAGCAGGACUUUUAGCUCUGCUUCUCUACCAGAGGACGGUGUAUCCCUUCUUCUGGGUGGAUCUGAUUUACUACCUCAAACUUCGGAGGUACGGGAAGUCUCUGCAGGCUCGUAUGAAGUCAGGGAUCAUCACAUACCUCGACUGUUUCCUCCACCAGGCGAGGAAGAACCCGAACAAACCCUUCAUCAUCUUCGAAAGCCAGACUCUGAGUUACCGGGAUGUGGACCGGAGGAGUAACCGGAUAGCGAACGCGUUCAGGGCGCACGGUUCUCCGGGACAAGGGGACAUUGUGGCCAUGUUGAUGUGCAACGAACCGGACUUUAUCUGUGUGUGGCUCGGUUUGUGCAAGUUGGGCUGUGAGGUGGCCUUUCUGAACAACAACAUUAAGGCAAAGUCGCUGCUGCACUGCUUCAGGAGCUGCGGGGCCAAAACCCUGGUGGUGGGCGCAGAUUUGGUGUGUUUGGUGGAGGAGGUGUUGCCCGACCUGAAGAAGGACAACAUGGCGCUGUGGGUGGUGGAUCACACGGCCCCCUCGGAGGAGUUCACCAGUCUACUCGAUAAGGUGGAGAGCAUGUCUGGAGAAAGCUCGAGUGACCUUCCUAAAGUGAACAUCAUGUCCAACUUCCUCUUCAUCUUCACUUCAGGCACCACAGGUCUCUCCAAGGCGGCCCGGGUGGGUCACCUGAAGGCCGUCCUCAGUAUGGCUUUCUUUGAGAUGUGUGGAGCCACGUCUGAGGACAUCAUCUACAUCACUCUGCCUCUGUACCACAUGUCUGCUUCCCUGCUGGGGAUCGGAGGAUGCAUACAGCUCGGUGCGACGUGUGUUUUGAAGAAGAAGUUUUCCGCCAGUCAGUUUUGGAAGGACUGUGUGAAGCACGAUGUGACGGUGGUGCAGUACAUAGGAGAGCUCUGUCGAUACCUCUGCAACCAUCCCGCAGUCCCAGAGGAGAGGGCUCACCGCGUCCGGCUGGCAGCAGGAAGUGGUCUCCGCUCAGACGUUUGGAGGCAGUUUGUGCAGCGAUUCGGCAGCAGGAUAAAGAUCAGAGAAGGUUACGGCCUGACGGAGGCUGGCAUCGGCUUCCUGAACUACACCGAGGAGGUCGGACCCAUCGGCAGGGCGGGCUAUUUCAACAAGCUGUCCAUGCCCUUUGAGCUCCUCAGACACGACCCAGUGUCCUACGAGGCGGUCCGGACCCCCGCUGGGAGAUGCAUCCGAGCACAGAACGGGGAGGCAGGGAUCCUGGUGGCUCCGCUCUCAGCCAUGAAUCAGUUCCUGGGGUACGCAGGGAACCAGGUGCAGUCGGAGAAGAAGCUGCUCAGAGGCGUCUUUAAAGAUGGCGACGUCUUCUUCAACACCGGAGACCUGCUGCUGCACGAUGACCAGGACUUCCUGUACUUCAGGGACCGCAUUGGAGACACCUUCAGGUGGAAAGGAGAGAAUGUUUCCACCACUGAGGUUUCAGAGGCUGUGGGUCUGCUCGACUUCAUCCAGGAGGCCAACAUCUACGGAGUCACCAUACCAGGAAAUGAAGGUCGGGCAGGUAUGGCUGCUAUCGUCUUGCAACAGGAUCACAAAUUAAACGGAUCAGAGCUCUACGACCAUUUAGUAAAAACUCUUCCUGCCUAUGCCUGGCCGAGGUUUCUCAGAAUACAGACGUCCUUGGAUGUGACGGAGACGUUCAAGCAGCAGAAGGUGAAGCUGGUCACGGAGGGCUUCGAUCCGGACGUCUCCCACGAUCUGCUGUACUUCUUAGACGUUUCUCAGAAAGAGUACACCCUCCUGACUGUGUCUCUGUAUCAGGACAUUGUGAAUGGGAAGAUCAAAGUAUGAACACUAUAGGACGUUGGAAGUUAAUGCAGGAAAGGAUGCGUCCUUAUAAUCCAGGUUGCUGCCAUGUGUGCGUUUGUCUGUACGUGAAAUGUGGUUCUAAUCAGCGCCACAGACAGAGCUGUUAUUCAUAUUUGAAAGAUUAGUUACUUACUCACUGUGAACCAGCCAGAGCUUUUAUUUACCUCAACAUUUUAAGUGCUACUGUUCUAAGUUUUUACACUUGAUUCAAACCACACACUGACUCCACGUUUACAUCUUGAUAAGUUAAGUGCCAUUUACACAUAAAAGCACUAACUCCACUAUUCAUGACAUUCCCGCCUGUUAUUUUUUACUUCCUUUUACUUUCUCUUCUUUUCUGUAUCACUAGUUAGUUACUAUAGACGUGAGCACUGCCUUCAUUGUGCAUUUUGAAACUGAAUUUAAUGGAAAUGUUUAUGGAAAUUAGGGUUUGUGAAUAGGAUUACAUUACAUCCACGUUUACAUCUUGAUAAGUUAAGUGCCAUUUACACAUAAAAGCACUUACUCCACUAUUCAUGACAUUAAUUUGUACUUGCUUUUACUUGACUUCUUCUUUGUCUUGUCUUAUUUUAUUUAUCACUAGUUAGUUACUAUAGACGUAUGUUGAAACUGAAUUUGACGGGCAUUCUUAUGGAAAUGAGGGUUUGCGAAUAGGAUUACAUUACAUUAAGCGAAACAGGUGGGUCUUCAGUUUGAGACGGAUGAUAUGUAGACUCUUUGCUGUCCUGAAAUCAGUGAGAAGCUCCUUCCACCAUUUGGGAGCCAGCAUAGCAAAAGGGUGUAUCUUUUUUGGGGUGUACCUGGUUCCACUUCGCCGAUUGGCUGAUGCAGAGCGAAGUGCACAUGCUGUAGUGUAUGUUUUGACCAGGUGUUGGAUGUAGGUUAGACCAGAUCCCUUUACAGAUCCCUUUAAGUGUCUUGAAGAGUAUUCUGGCAGCCAGUGAAAGGAGCGAAGGUGAGAUGUAAUGUGGGAGAACUUGGAGGGCUUGAAUAUCAGUCGGGUCUACAGUUUUCUGAAUUAACUGUAGAGGUCGGAUGGCAUUUGCAGGUAGAACAGCCAGGAGGGAGUUACAGUAAAGCGUGAGAUGACAAGACCCUGGACCAGGACCUGUGUUUUAAGAUCUUGAAUAGCACUUUCUAGACAAAACAAAGGGCAUUCCUUUAGAUACAACGUGGGGCAUUAUGUAAAAAAAACUUUUCACAUUGUGUCAGAUGAUGGGAGUGGCUUUUCCCUUUCACGUCGUGACAUUUGAGGCCAUUAUGUCUCUGUGUUAUGUAUUCACAGUUUCAACACUAUAUGUAUUGUUGUUAAACACCUAGCUGUGGAAGCAGACAUUGCACUGUGAGCUUUUAGAGGACCAGUUAUUCCUCCUUACCCCCUCAGUGUUUGUUGGCUGACUGUCUUAAAGUAAUCAUUCAUUAUGGUCUGUUUUUUAAAUGACUUUUUUGUUUUGUGCAGACUUUUAUUUGAGAAUGUGACUUCCUUUCAAUGCUUGUUGGAAAUCAGGUUUUCUUAAAAGAAUGGGACGGACACAUCUAUAUUUCCUUUGUAUAAAUUCACCUGAUAAAUCAAAAAAUAUAGCCUAACCUAACUGUCUUCACAUUUCUGAACUGAAUAUAAAAGUCACUGUAAAAACAC